AUGGACGACCUGCAGGCACACAUGCAGCAGCUGUCGCUCGACCCCGAGCAGUUUGUGGAGCAGCUGCCGGCCGGCGCCAAGGCAGUAGUAGAGGAGUUGCGCAAGCUGCAGAGCCAGCAUGACGAGCUGGAGGAGGAGUACGAGAAAGAGCGUGCUGCCCUCGAUGCCAAGUAUGAGCAGCUGUACGCCCCCCUGUACGAUGAGCGCGCCAAGGUGGUUAGUGGUGCUAAGCCCGUUCCUCUGCCCGAGGGCGUUGACGCCGCCGAGGCGGCCAAGGGCAUCCCUGACUUCUGGCAAACGGUGUUCCUGCGGUGCGACGCCACACGAGACGCCAUGAACGAGAAGGACGUGGAUGUGCUGCGCUACCUCACAGAUGUGCAGAGCGAGACGCUGCAGCCUCAGCCGCGGCCUGUGAAGGAGGCCGGCACAGCGGCUGCCGGAGAAGGCGAUGAUGAGGAAGAGGAGGAGGCAACGGGCGGCUUCCGCAUCAAGAUGACGUUUGCUGAGAACCCCUACUUCACCAACACGGUGUUGGAGAAGACCUACUACAUGCUGGAGGGCCGCGAUGCGGUGCUGGAGCGGUCGGAGGGGUCCAAGAUUGACUGGAAGAGCGGCAAGAAUGUGACCGUCAAGUUGAUGAAAAAGAAGCCCAAGAAGGGCGCCCGCCCAGACGCCAAGCCCCAAACCAAGCUGGAGCCCGUGGACAGCUUCUUCAACUUUUUCAGCCCACCCCAGGUGCCCGACGAGGAUGCUGAGCUGGACCCUGAUGAGGUGGAGAUGCUGGAGGCUGCAAUUGAGAACGACUAUGACAUUGGCGACACCAUCCGCAGGAGCCUGAUCCCCAAUGCUGUGGGUUGGUACACCGGCGAGGCCCUUGAUGACGAGGACGGCGGUGUCUUCAUGGGCGACGAUGAGGACGAGGAUGAGGAUGAGGACGACGACGAUGAUGAUGACGACGAUGACGACGAUGAGGCUCCUCCCAGGCCUCGGCGCAGGGGUUAG